CUUCUUUUGCCUUAAGGCUGAGUCGUUCUGAUUGGGCGGAACCUGCCGUCGUUUGGCCCGCCGGAGAAAGGAGUCCCCUGGCCGCGGUCGCGCUCAGGCGCGGGUGCGCGCAACCGAGAGGGAGAGAGAUUGGCGCUCGGUUAAGCGCUGCUUGGAGCUUCGCCUCCUUUCCCGAGACCGGCGCCGGCGGUGUGGAGGUAGGAACCGACCGCGGAGGAGGAGGAGGAGGAGGAGGAGCCAGAGCCCCAACCCACGCCACUCCAUCUGCGGCGCUGGGGAAGAGCUGCUCGGCGUCAGUCUCCCACGAUCCUGCCCCUUCGCUCGGAGCACGAUGCCCGGGAUCGUGCGGUGACACCCGGAGCUUUGCGCUCCCCUACCCGGCAGGGUUUCCAAACUGCUGUUUCAAACCAUCACCUCAUGGACAUCUUACCUCACACACUUGAAGUAGGGGCUCUCCAAAGUUUGUUAGAUGGGUUCUCUGAGGAACCGCCAGAAUUGCUAGCUCUUCUUCCUUUCUCUGAGUAAUGACUCUUUACUAAAGGACCUUUACAAGCAAGAUCUCUACUGGGGAAAAAAAAAAAAGAACUGAUCCAAUUUACCAUAGAAUGGGCACCUCGAACGAAGAGAUGGUCUCCACGGAACAGAACCUGAACCCACUCUGCUUUGAAUGUGGCCAGCAGCAUUGGACAAGAGAGAACCACUUGUACAAUUAUCAAAAUGAGGUGGACGAUGAUUUGGUUUGCCAUAUUUGCCUUCAACCCUUGCUACAGCCAUUAGACACGCCUUGUGGUCACACAUUCUGCUAUAAGUGCCUACGAAACUUUUUGCAAGAGAAGGACUUCUGUCCCUUAGACCGCAAAAGGCUGCAUUUUAAACUGUGCAAAAAAUCUAGCAUCCUUGUUCACAAACUGCUUGACAAGCUCUUGGUGCUGUGUCCCUUUUCUUCAGUAUGCGAAGAGGUAAUGCAGAGAUGCGAUCUGGAAGCACACCUGAAAAACAGGUGUGCUGGGGCUUCCAAUCGAAGGGCUGCCUUGGAGACAAGAAGGAUGAACAGCAAACUGCAGGCAGCCAUUGAAAGUGAAAAUGAGAAUGCCAUGCUAGAUCAUCUGGACUCCCAGUCACCUGAAGCAGAGCAUGCUGGGACCGGGAUGGCAUCAGUGGAGCAGAUCAUGACCUCCGCCACGGUUUCAGUGUGGACAGAUGAGUCUGGGGUUGAUAACCCUGCUUUUGAGGAGAACAUAGGAAUGGAGACAAUCCAUCAGCCAUCAAGUUUACCGGAAGGUGAGAUCACCACCAUUGAAAUUCAUCGGUCCAAUCCUUAUAUUGAAUUGGGAAUUAGCAUAGUGGGUGGCAAUGAAACACCUUUGAUCAAUAUUGUUAUUCAAGAGGUUUAUCGUGACGGGAUCAUUGCCAGAGAUGGAAGGCUUCUUGCUGGAGAUCAAAUACUGCAGGUGAAUAACUUUGACAUCAGUAACGUGUCUCACAACCAUGCCAGGGCCAUCCUUUCCCAGCCCUGUACAUCACUGCAUCUCACUGUCCUCCGAGAGAGACGAUUCGUAAGCCGAACACACAAUCAUAGUGAUAGCCCUCCCCAGAGAGAGGAUAGCUUCCAUCUGACCUUACACAAGCGAGACUCCAGUGAACAGCUUGGCAUUAAGCUGGUGCGCAGAACAGAUGAGCCAGGAGUGUUUAUUCUUGACCUGCUGGAAGGGGGGUUGGCUGCUCAGGAUGGCCGGCUCUGUAGCAACGACAAGGUGUUGGCCAUCAAUGGGCAUGACCUGAAGCACGGCACACCUGAACUGGCUGCUCAUAUCAUCCAGGCCAGUGGCGAGAGGGUGAACUUAACCAUUUCCAGGCCUACCAAGUCCCAAAUUGUAAGCAUUCUGAGAGAUGGAGGAACCCAUCUUACCAGUCAUCAUCAGUCCUAUCAGCUAUAUCACAGCAACAGGCCAAGCCCACAUAAGGACCUCUCACAAUGUGUGACCUGCCAAGAGAAGCAUAUCACAGUGAAGAAGGAGCCACACGAGUCCCUUGGCAUGACAGUAGCAGGAGGUCGAGGCAGCAAAAGUGGGGAAUUGCCAAUAUUUGUUACAAGUGUACAACCUCAUGGCUGUUUGGCAAGAGAUGGCAGGAUCAAAAGAGGUGACGUGUUGAUGAAUAUUAAUGGCAUUGAUCUGACCAAUCUGAGUCACAGCGAAGCUGUGGCUAUGCUCAAAGCCAGUGCUGCUUCCUCGGUCGUUGCUCUAAAGGCUCUAGAGGUCCAGAUUGCAGAAGAGCAGCCCCAGGCAAAUGAUGAGCAGCCGAGCACCAUCAGUGAGAAUGAAUAUGAUGCUAGCUGGUCGCCAUCUUGGGUCAUGUGGUUAGGACUUCCAAGCUGCCUACAUAGUUACCAUGACGUUGUGCUGAGAAGGAGCAAUCUAGCCAGCUGGGGAUUUAGCAUUGUUGGUGGCUACGAGGAAAAUCACACAAACCAGCCUUUCUUCAUUAAAACAAUUGUUAUAGGAACACCAGCAUAUUUUGAUGGAAGACUCAAAUGUGGUGAUAUGAUUGUUGCUGUCAAUGGACUUUCAACCAUGGGUAUGAGCCAUUCAGCGCUGGUUCCUAUGUUAAAGGAACAGAGAAAUAAAGUAACCUUGACUGUUAUCUGCUGGCCAGGAAGUCUUGUAUAACAUGCAAAGAACAUAUACAUUGGUUGAAGCAGCUUUUUUUUUUUAAUAGCUGGCUCGACUUUUUCAGGCAAAGCUGUGUUUUUUUCCCCUUUUCUACUAAUGCAGCUGGUAAUAAGCUGGGCCAAAAAAUUGCUACCUUCAAAUCUGACAAAUGUGUGUGAACAGCGGGAUGUGUGGGGAAGGAAGAUUUUUAACUGUACUGUGUUGUUCUUCUCAUCCUAAAGAAGCCAUUCCUAUCAAGUUUUGUUUAUUAUUAUUUUAUUUCAAAUUAUUAUGUCAUUGCAGUAUCCAUGUUCAUAUACUUCAGUUUCUUGGUUGGCUUAAGGAGAUCAGCCUAUUUCCAACUAUUGUAGUGGGAACAGGAUUGCACCUAGUUUGGGUGCCAACAUGCUGGCAUGUUAGCUACCUGCUAGGCUGAUCUCCGCAUUAUUAAAUACAGGUGCAAAUGUAUAACCUGAAGACAGCAGGUUAACAACAAGGGACACGUAAGGCCUUCUUCAUAAGUGAUGGUUAUUCUAUAAGGUGUUUCCUAUUGCUCACGGAAGGCACACCUGGAACCCUCCGUUUCAAUUGUUAAAAUGUGUUGCUGCGUUAACAUUUAGUAGAUUAACUUCGACAUAUUUUUUCCUACAUUUCAGUAUUCUUCUGUUUAAAUGAGCCUGAGCAAUUGUUUGUGCUAUGACUGCCACAUAGAAGCUGCAGGAAGUAACUCCAUGUAGCACAUGCUCCAUAUAAUAGUCUUAACCCACAAGAAGGCCCACUGUCCCAAGGUUACAAUUGGUUUUCUAUCCUCAAAUGCAUUGGAUGGCAGGGAGCACUGGAAAGAAAGAAAAUGAUUGUCAGCCGUUGUCCGAAAAAAGUAUUUAUGGCAUCAUAAAUUAUAAUGUACCAAUUUGUCCCUGGCUACAUGUAAUCAGCAAGCCCAUGUUUCAUGUGAAGCAUGACAGCAGCUUGUAAGAACCUCUGGUAGCAUAAAUAGUUGCCACAAGGCUGAAACUGCAUCAGUAUUACUAUCUAAGGCAUGCACUGAUGCAUGACCAACCCAUGAAAGCAGCAUUGGAUGCAGAGCAGUGCUUUGCUUAUAGGCAGGUAUCUUUUGUGACAAUUCCAAAUCCUGUAAUCUGAAUAAAUUAUGAGAACUUGCCAUUAUGUCUGCAUUUUCUGUUUUGCAUAAUUUAUUCCUCCAUUAAGUCUUCAUUGUGUAUUUUGCAUUAUCAUUGGACAAGGCAUGGGGUACAAUGGAGCUUCUUGCCACAGGAAGCUUGGCUCACCCAUUCACUGACUUUCAAGAUUCAUAAAGUAAUAGGGCAGGAAGGGACCUCGGUCUUCUAGGCUAGCUAUAAUGAAUAACCAGCCAUUGUUCUAGAGAUGGAACACUCACAGCUCCAGAAUGCCACUGCUUAAUAGCUGUUAUCAUCAGGAUAUUCUUCCUAAUUUUAAAUGUGGAUCUCUCUUUGUGAAGCUGCCACCUUUUAGUUCUUGCCCUAUCUUCUGACACUAUGAAGAAUAAAUGUACAUCCUCCACCCUAUGUUAGCCCUUCUGGCAUUGUAAAGUCUUCCCUUAGCCUUAACUUCUUUAGGGUAAACAUCCCCUGUCCUUUUAAUUGUUCUUGAUAGGAUUCAAUUGCCAAACCCCUCAUCAUCUCUUGUUCUUCUCUGCCUUCUUUCCAAUUCCUGUACUGUGGCAGCCAAUCCCAGAUAUAUUAUUUUAGUUGUAAUCUGAGCAGGCCAGUGCAUGGUAGAAUUGUUGUUCCCCACAAUCUCAAGAUUAUACCUCUGUUAACGUAGCCUAAGGUGGCAUUGGCUUUUGGGGCAGUUGCAGUACGUUGUUGGCUCUUACUUAAUCUGUGGUCUACCAGGACACCCAGAUCCUUCUCGCCAAUACUACUUUCAAAACAAAUACCACCAGUAUUGUACUUGUGCAUCUGGUUUCUUUCCACCUUAAUUGCAGAACCUUAACAUUUCUGACCAUUGAACUGAAUUUCAUUGAAAGGGCUCAAUAUGCAAAUCAAUCAAUAUCCUUUGACACCUGAGCUGGUCUUCUAACGUAUUACCAAUCUCUCCUCUCGGCUUUGUGUCAUCUGCAAAUCUGCUUAGCAUCCAUUCUAUAGCUUGCAUAAAGCAUUUAUAACAAUGCUGAAGAAGGUUGGGUCCAGAAUAGAAUUCUGAAGUAUCCGCUCCUCUUGAUCUACUAAAAAUCAUGAAUUGGUUACUAUUGUUCAACCAACAGAGAAUCCAUCUGCUAAUACGACCAUCCAUUCCAGAACAGUUUAUGUAAAAGAAAGCUAUGGUCAAUUUUAUUAGACUAGGCAGCAUAUUUCUUCAACCAUAAGGUCCAGAUUUUUUUAAAGUGAAAGAUUGGAAUGAUAAGUGAAAGUGGAGGUACAAAGUACAAUGACUCUUCAUGAAGUGUACACAAUUGUUAGAGUAGAUACAAUAUAAAUUCUUUCAAAAGAAUGAUGCUUUAAUGAAAAUCUGCCACUUCUAUAUAUAACUUUAUUUGCCUAUUACAGUUCUUGGUCAUCUAGGCCCUGCCAGUUCUCUCUUUCACUAAAGGAGAUUUUAGAUUUAAGAAAUCUAGCAAAUUAAGUUGUGUGUGAUUUAGUCCCUUUCAAAGGAGCAAAAAAUUAUGUGUGUCUCAAUAUUCCUAAUCCCUACAAAAAUUAUUUGAAUUUCUUUCCAUCCUGACUAUGUUCACUGAGUAGGACCAAAGCCUACUUUAAAAAAAAAAAGAACUGCAAUAAUUGGAUUGUUUUUUUUAAAUAUUUCAUGUGUAAAGGGGGUUGUCCCCUUCAAUAAAAUGUAAUGUGGGUAUAACAGUGCUGGCAACAGUAACAAAAAUUAAUUGGGGGUGACAUUAGUUUAAUCUGCAAUAUUAAUAUGCAUUGAUAAUUGCUGUCCAAAGUGAAUGUUUUGCUAUGUAAAAAAAUGUUUUUCUAAAAACCAUUUUUACACUUUAUACUGCAGCUAAUUGUAGCUUUCUUGUGUGUCUUAUAUGCAAAAGCUGAGAAAUAAUUUAGAAAAGGGAAAAAACUAUUACUAGGAGUGCUAUGUUAUAAUUUCAGGAAGUCUAAUGGGGAGAAGGAACCCAACACCCAUAACUGGGAGAAAGAAUGGUAUUUUCCCUCGUUAUUUUGUCUCCAGAUAAAAGCCCAGAUGCCUUUACCUAAAAUGCUGAAACAGCCUACAUUGUUUAUGGAGUCGUUUCCUUAAUUAUUUAUCUUCUCUGAGCUGAGGACAGCUAGUUUGUUUUAUACACAGAUUCACACUUACAUUCUAAGACAAACUUUUAUCAGAGGUAGAUCACAGUUGGACAAUAUGGACAUCCUUUUGUAAAGCACUCAGCGUUGGCUUUCAAAUGAAUCCAGAUUUCCUCUGCAAAAGUUAUUUGGCCUACUUGAAAGUCGUCUAAUUCAUAAUGGUUAAGUACGUUUAGAAUGAUCUGUGUAUUAUAAUGCUAGUAUUACCUAUCUGAGAAUGUAUUUUACCCUUACAUCUAUCUAAUAUGGGCAUGCAUUUUUCCUGCCUCCCUUCACUCCCAUGUUUGAAAUAUUCUAAUAUGGAAUAAUAUGGCAUGUCUUUUUGAGUUCUUUGCUCUAAAGAAAGCAGUAAGACUUUGAUUUAAAAAAACAACAACCAACACAACGAAUAUUUUAUUUCUGUCCUGUGCAAUGCAAAAUCUUUUGCUUUCACACUGUAGAUCCAUACAGUAUUACUGGGUUUAAUAAUAUCCAUCAAGGAUAGGGAUUUAUUCAGCCCAGUCAAAACUGCAGUGAAAAUUCCCAUUUGUACACAGACCAAAGUCCAAAGAACUUCCUGGGGUUGCAUAAGGACUAUUGUAUCUCCAUGAUUUUUUUUCUAACUGUCCCUGAUGCUAUAUUGCAUGUUGCUUUUGGAAUUCUCUGUUUCAAAAGCAGUUGAUGUGAUGCAUAGGAGGAGGUACUACCUUGCAAGACUUUUCACGUUCUAGUUCUAGUUAUUGCUACUAUGUAUGUAGCCUGCCAUAUUUGCUGUAAUAAAAUGGUCCACCUUUGUAAAGAAUCCCAUUGUGGAAUCCCUUGAAGGUGGGAUACAUUUUGGGACCCAGCAGCCACAGAAAUCAGGAUUAUGACGGGAGAAAUAUGGCUGUGGAUAAGAGGAUAUCACUGUAAAAAAGCGAGCUGGCAUGAUGAGGUCAGUGUUGUACCACCAUUAUGGACACAUUGAAGAUGAAAAGAUUGAGGGCUAAGCCUUAAUGUUUGUACAGUAAUAAGCAAGAACAAGUUAACUAUUUUCCCUUCCUUGAGUGAAUGAUGGGGUAUAACUUUUCAGUUUUAACUUUGUAAACAAAGCACUGCAUUUUAUUGCAAGUUACCCUAAAGGCUAAUGAGGAACAUAGUUGUCCUAUUUUCAGCACAUGGCAUUUGAAAUUAGGCCAUUGCACUGAAUGCUCAGGCAAAACCAUCAUCUCAUGUAGUGGCAAAAAGUACCAUAGACUUUGUGCUAGGAUUUUCUACUACCAAUUACCAUCUCUAUUAGUAGAAGCUGGUACCAGGUGGAUUCUCUUAUCCUUGCCCUGUUUUUUUGCUGACAUGUUAUUUCAAUUUCCUUAUUAUUCUCAUGUAUAUCAUUGGGUUGGUUCUUCAGUGCCUUCUGUCUUAAACUAUACUAUACAGUGAAUUCCAGUGCUGUGGUAUUAACUGAAGGAUAAGAGAAAAAUAAAAAUGAGUU